GAAAAAAAAGGGAAAAAAGAAUUUAGCACGUAACCUGCUAUCCUCUACACAUCUUUCACCAACUUAUUCGACCGACAGCCUUCACUGUUUCGCUCUAGCCGAAAAGACCUACUCGAUUGUCUUUUCUCUAGAUACCUUUCCCUCUCGAAGUCACUCUUUGCUUUUUGAAUGUAGCCAUCGGGAUCAAAUUUUACGUACGAUAACGAAUCCUCUCCCUUUCUGGGUAUCAAGUUGAAGCUGUCAAGCUGUCCCUUGAGAUUCUUGACCUUUAUUAUCUAUCAUCUUCAACCCGGCUUUUAAUCAGUAAUUCCUUAAUAAUGGGACGGACCACUUCGCCGUUCCCAGGUAGAGGCUCUACCUCAAUUCCCGGCACUCCGGGGUUGAGUCGUAAUAACCAACCCAAUGGUCAAACACAGACCUCUAAGGCUGCGUAUAUCGAGAUAGAGGAUGAUGAAGUCGAUGAGCUUGUGGAUGGCAGUGUUCCAUGUUCUUCUCCCUACUUUACCCAACCGACGCAAGUAGUUAACAGAGCAACUCAGCCUACCCAAAUCGUGAACCGGACUACACUAAGAGAGCCAUCUUCGCCUCUGGUGCCGGGCACACCAAGCACGGCCGUUGAAGUUCCUGCUUCAUCGCCAUUCCAGCCGAAGAGCCAGGCGAAGCCUUCGCCCGUCGUGGAUAAGAAGCUUGGUGUAGCUAGUAGAGUCGGGUCACUAAUGGCUCCGGCGGGUACUGCGUUUAGACCACCUACGAUGCAGAGAGCGUCACACGUAGCUAAAAGCUCUAGUGGCAGGAAAGGCUACUUAGAAAUCUCCGACGAUGAACUGUCGGAAGACUAUAGGAAGCAUGACAGUUCCGAUGAUGACGCGCCUGUCAGGGGAGACAUACGGCCUUCUUCUUUUGUAAAGAAGGAGAACAGCUUGCUCUCAUUGUCAAAUUCCGGAGCUAAAUACAUGGAGAAGAUGGAUAUCUCCCUUAAAGAUAUCCGUGAUGUUAGGUUGCGCCACUUGACCAGCCAAGUCUACAAAAUUGUCCAGAAAGCCGUACCUAGAAUUACGGUCCGAGCUUGCAAGGAGGCGUUGCAGAAGGAUGUCAGUUGGCAGGUUUCCAAAGCUGUCGACUUACUUACGGGAAGGCCUACCAAAACUCUAUCGUUGUCAAGUACAUCAGGUGCCGGCACUAACGGCACGACUGAUGGUGCUAAAAUAUCUACAGCCGUCGCGAGUAGAAAAGCUGCCCCUCCACCAAAUACGAUGCACACUUUCUUGAAAAAAAAUCCACCCACUUCGACUUCAAGUAACCCAUCUUCUCAAACUUCGCAACAAUCUUCUCGUACACAAAAUUCUUCAAACUCUUCAAACUCCUCCAAUCUUUCUAAUUCAAUUCAUUCAACAAUUAGUAAAGAUAGUCUACCUCGUCGACGGCUGGUGCAAGGUAGAAAAAAAUCAGCAACACCAUCCGCAGUAUUUUCUGCACCCUCAUCCCCCACAUCAUCCUUAACAAGUCUUACAGAAUCAAGAGACCCAUCCCCCUCAAUUGGCUCCACAAUGGGUCAUAUAGACACCAACACUCAGCUCGAUCCCGAGCCUGAUGAAGUCCCUCGUCCUCGCCGACGGCUCGUACGCGGUCGUCGUGAACCAUCACCUCCCCUAGUCACCAUCUUGUCUGACUCUGAACAAGACUCACCACCCCCUAGCAAGAAGAGAAGGCUUUUAUCCUGCAAAGACAUUAAAUCCACUUCCAAGCCAGUUGAGUCUAAGAAGCGCAAAGCGAAGGAACAACUCGAACGUGAAGUCGAGCCUGAGCCCCAACCUGAACCCCAACCUGAACCCCAACCUGAACCCGAGUCCGUAUCCGACCAGGACAAUGAAGACGGUUACCAAGACGCCGACUUCGCAGAACCAAGCGUGCAAGAGGCCAAUGUUCUUGAUUACUUGAAUACCUGUACAACUGAGACGCUUAGUAACAUGAUCGGAUCCGGACCGAAUGCUAGGGCUAUGGUGGCGGCGCGACCUUUCAAAACAAUCGCAGAUGCUCGAAAUGUCUCACGACUAGACAAGGGCAAGUCAAAGAAGAAGAGUAGGACAGUCGCAAUUGGUGAAGACAUUGUUGAGAAGUUAACCUCUUGGAUGGAAGCUUGUGAAGCUGCCACCGCUGUGAUCAAUGAAUGCGACAAGAGAGGCGCGGACAUCAACUUAUCCAUGUCCAAGUGGUCCCUCGACAAGAAUGGACUACCUCGCACCGAUUCGGAGGAUCUCGAGGACCUUCCUAUCAAGAGCAAGCCGGAUCUGAUGAGCGAUUCUAUUAAGCUCAAGUCGUACCAGCUCUUAGGAUUGAACUGGAUGGAAUUAUUACGUUCCAAAGGUUACAGCGGAAUACUGGCAGACGACAUGGGUCUCGGUAAGACCUGUCAAGUGAUUGCUUUUAUCGCCCACUUGGUCAACAUGGAGCAGAAGGAGGGCGCUAGAGUCCCUUGGCCGAAUCUGAUCGUGGUGCCUCCCAGCACUUACGAAAACUGGAUCUCGGAAUUUGAGAAGUUCGCUCCGGAGGUUCAACUCAUCACUUACUCAGGCAAGAGUCGACGGGAUAUUCUCCCACGAGACGCUCGAAACUUCCACGUUAUUCUUACUACGUAUCCCCAGAUCGAACGUCAGGAAGAGGACUUAAAAUUCCUCCGCAAGGCUAAUCUCUACGCUGCCAUUUUCGACGAGGGCCACAAAUUGAAGAAUUCCAUAACGCAAAUUUACAAACAGGUGUUGCAAAUACCCAGCGAGUGGCGACUCAUCCUUAGCGGCACACCCGUGCAGAAUAACUUGGGGGAGCUCUUGACGGUUCUACGACUCCUAGAGCCUACCUUGUUCGAAGGGGCGUCUUUCGAGACCCUAAAUACCAUCUUCGAAACCAAGGUCGCUAGCAAAGAUGUUCUGAACUUUGCAGCAUUGGCGUCUGAGCGUGUCGAUCGCGCGCGUGCCGUCAUGGCCCCUUUCAUCCUUCGACGACACAAGGAAGACGUCAUCGACCUUCCUAAGAAGAUAGAACGGCUCGAGCUCGUAGGGAUGCACGAUACCCAGAAGAAUAUCUACGAUUCCAUCAAGGGUAAAUAUCUCCUACCGAACGGCGUCAAGUCUAAGGGGUCACACCCUUGGAUGCAGCUUCGAAAAGCCGCAAUUCAUCACCAACUAUUCCGACACCAUUUUACCGAUCGCAAGGUCGAGAAGAUGGUAGACAUCCUAUGGAAGAAGUGUUCGGAAGAUGAAUUAGGUGUUCAGACCAAGGAGCCUCGUCAUAAGGCCCGUCUCCUGGAGGAAUUGAUGGACAAGUCUGAUUUCCAGCUCCAUCUUUGGUGUAAGGAUUUUGAGCAGUACAUUGGUCAUUUAGAUAUUCCGGACCGCUCUUGGGAAGACAGCCCGAAGGUCCAGAAGCUUCUUGAAUUGGUACGUGGCUACAUGAAGACAGGUGAUCGUGUCCUGGUCUUCAGCCGUUUUGAGAUGGUGAUAGACAUCCUUCGGGAGACCUUACACCAUGCCGGUAUUAAAUAUUGUUGUCUGACGGGUGCCACGGACACGGCCGCCCGAUUCCCCGAGUGUCAGGAAUUUACCAACAACCUCGACAUUCCUGUCUUCUUGUUGACCACCGGAGCUGGUGGUACUGGUCUCAACUUGACCGCCGCCAACAAGAUUAUCCUCUUCGACCAGUCCGACAACCCACAAGACGACGUACAGGCGUCGAACCGAGCGCACAGGAUCGGACAGACCCGAGACGUCGAAGUGAUCCGGCUGAUCACGGAGAAGACAGUCGAACGACUGAUCUACAAUUCGUGCGUGAAGAAGCUGGUCUUAGCCGCCCGCGUCGAGCGAGAAUUUGGCGUGCCGGACGAGGACGAGGAGUCCGUCGAGGAGCAGUGCAAGAAGCUUAUGCUUUUGGGCGAGGACGACCUAGUUGAGGAGCUUCCUGCGAGCCAGCAAGUCUAAUCCGUGCUGCGCGCCGGACGUAUAUCGAGCGGCAGAUUACCCUUCGUGGGCCCUCCGCCAAGACGUAUACGGGACUAUAUUGAUACGAUACUUGUACCUUGAUACCUCACAUCGACACUCCUGCUUGCACUUUCGUCUGGUAUCUACCCAUGUAUACCACUUUUAUAAGCCCAUACUUCUCUCUUGAACCGCCCUCCAACUUUUGAUCCGACACAUAUCGGCACCAAUUAUAUACAUGCUUGUUCGAGCCAUGUACUUCCCGUCUCAACGAAGAGACCCAUCGACUUUCUCAUCACAGAACCGAACGAACCGAAUGCCAUCUCAGCAUAUACCCACCCGACUUUCAACGUUUUCUGUUUCCAGUCCUUGCAAUUCUACUAGACAAACUGCUGAGCAAUCAUCAGCAAACGCAUCAGCAUAGGUGAAAACGGGGGCGCAUAGCAUGGAUCAGUCCCUUAUUCGGAAGAAAAAAGGGGGACAUAUUUGGCAUUGACAUGGCAUGGCAUUGGGCACUGGCAGGCAUUUGCAUUUUCUCACAGCGAGCUUUUAAAUUCAUUA